AUGUCUCAAGAAAAUAAUUCAAAAACGCAUAGCAAUUUAAAAUGGAUUUCAUUAAUUGUUUUGAUUUUGCAAACCACAGCUCUUGUUUUGACUUUACGUUACUCAAGAACACAAAAAACUGAUGGUCCCAGGUAUCUUUCUUCAACAGCUGUUGUAACAUCUGAAGUUGUUAAAUUUUUUACAUGUAUUGUUGUCAUUUUUUUGCAAAACAAAUGUGAUAUUUCACGUUUUAAAGAAGCUAUUAACAAAGAUGUAGUGAAGAAACCAUUUGAUACACUGAAAGUUGGUGUUCCAGCUGUUUUAUAUGUCAUACAAAAUAAUUUACUAUUUUUGGCUUUAUCAAAAUUAGAUGCUGCGACAUAUCAAGUUACUUAUCAGUUAAAAAUUCUAACAACAGCUUUUUUUUCUGUUGCUUUAUUGAAGAAAAAAUUAGAUAUUUACAAGUGGUUUGCUUUAAUUUUACUUACUGGUGGGGUAGCACUUGUUCAAAUGCCAAACAGUAGUAAAAAAAUAGAUGACGAUAAUGAACAUUCUGUUUCCGAUCAUUUUAUUGGUUUACUUGCCGUUCUCGCAGCAUGUUUUUCAUCAGGUUUUGCAGGUGUAUAUUUUGAAAAAAUAUUAAAGGGAUCUGUUGUUACAUUAUGGAUUAGAAAUCUUCAACUUUCAUUUUUCUCUGUAUUUGGUGGAUACUUUAUGGUAUGGUUAUAUGAUUGGGAAGCAGUUUCAACAAAUGGUUUCUUUCAAGGAUACAAUGGUAUCAUUUGGUUUGUUGUAGGAUUGCAAGCAUAUGGUGGAUUAAUAAUUGCAUUAGUAGUAAAAUACGCUGAUAACAUUUUAAAAGGUUUUGCUGUAUCAUUAUCUAUAAUAUUAUCAUCAUUAAUGUCUUACUUAGUUUUUAAUGAUUUCACACCCUCAUUAACUUUUGUAGCCGGAGCAUCUAUUGUUAUUAGUUCAACAUUCUUAUAUGGUUAUGAACCCACAAAGAAAUCUUAUAUUCCAUUAACAAAAACUUCUAACUAA